CCUAACCUCUCGCGGGACGCGCCACUGAUUUCGCUUAUCUCAAAGGCGGCUUCUCUCUCUCUCUCUCUCUCUUUAGUUUCUCAGUCUCUCCUCCUUCGCGAGCUCUUCUUCUUUUUUUAUUGUCUCUCUGAUCUUUGCCCGAUGCUAAUACGAGCUGGACUGCAGCAGUGCCCUCGAUGGACUAUAUCCUUCAGCUGUUUACGUGCUUCUUAUGCCUUACGUCAAUCAAUGGAUUUUGUGUGCUACAGUUUGUGAUCAUUGUGUUAAACGUGUGUUAGUGUUUCUUUACCCAUAGUAUUUUAUUAUUUAUUACGCGUACGCUCAUCCAAUGCUGCCCGAUAACACGCUAUUGUAAACACAACUGUCAGUUCGAGGCUUGUCAGCAUUCACAUGUGUCACUGCGCAAAAGCAGCGGAACCAAAUAUUCGAAAAUUGCUUUUUCUUCUUGCCGUCAAUCAAGGAUCAAACUGAUACACAGUAUACACAAUAAUCAGUCGUAUUUUGUGUUGCACACCGGCAGGAUUCGGCAAGCUCUAUUAUGACGCCAGUGCAACGAUUGUUCAAAGGCUGACUAACGUAGUGCAAGACUUAUUUGGACCACUGCUCGCCAUUUUAACCGGAGCACAAAGCAUACUGAGCCAACGUUGAUUAUGCAUAAUUUCCGAGUUUCCUAUUAAGGUGGGGCAUUGCAAUCAUCGACAGACGAUGCAAAUGAUGCGACGGUAGUUAUCGCCGAGGGAUAAUGUUCCACGGGAGCGGAAGCGGCGGCUACGGCGCAAGUUCCGACUACCAGCAACAGACGCAACAGGCUCAGCAGCAGCAACAGCAACAGCACACCCAGCAGCUUCAGUCUCCUGUCUAUGUGCCCUCCUCGAGGCCUGCAAUACCUUCCUCGACCACGGCUGCGCAGUAUCACUCUUUUCCCACUUCCGCUUCGCCGGCUUGGGAGAAGUCGGCAUCGUGGCAACAUAGCGUAGAUACUUACGCACACCAUGCCUUGGCUAGUCACACAGGCAGUUCGACGGGAGGCAUGGGACCCCACACGGGUCACACACACCCGCAUGCCGGGCACCCGCACACUGCCCAUCCACACGCGAGCCUCGCUGCCGCUGCUGCGUCGCCCUUCUACGCCCAGAACGCUGCGAUGAUGUCGUCCUGGCGAGUCUACGACAGUGCUGGCUUUCAACGGGCGUCUCCAUACGACACGGCUAUGGACUUCCAGUUCAGCGAGGGCCGAGAAUGCGUGAAUUGCGGGGCCAUUUCGACGCCGCUCUGGCGACGAGACGGCACAGGUCACUACCUGUGCAACGCUUGCGGACUCUACCACAAAAUCAACGGCAUGAAUCGUCCUCUGAUCAAGCCAACAAAGCGCCUCAUCUCCGAAUUCCAGACGGCGACGAGGCGGCUGGGACUGUGCUGCACGAACUGCGGCACGCGCGCCACCACCCUCUGGAGGCGCAACAACGAGGGCGAGCCCGUCUGCAACGCCUGCGGCCUCUACUUCAAGCUGCACGGCAUCAAUCGGCCGCUCGCCAUGCGCAAGGACGGCAUACAGACUCGCAAGCGCAAGCCGAAGAAGACGCCCGAGUCCGGCGCCAGGCAGUCCGCCCAGGACCACGACGGCGGCGCGCCCGCCGCUUCGUCGCCCGCCCACGGUGAGCCCAUCCGCGCAUCUCCCGAGCGCGCGCGCGCUCGCAAGCCUGACGCCUCGCUUCCUCGUUGCAGAGCUGAAGGCCAGCCACCAGCAGUCGCACGGCCAGCACCCGCAGCAGCAGCAGCAGCAGCAGCAGCAGCACCAGCUAGACGUCAAGCCGUCGUCCGCGAGCUCGGGCUCCUCGUCGGCGGAGCGCCCGGUCUACUUGGGGCACACGUCGCUGCUGCCGCCGAGCGCGGCCGCGGUGGCCGCGGCGGUCGCGGCGCCCGGCGCCGGCGCGUCCAGCAGCGGCAUCGCGACGGUCAAGACGGAGCCGCGCAGCUGCGACGGCGGCGUCGUGAGCCAGCCCUACUCGGGCUACUACCAGCACCCGCACCAGCUGGCCGUGCCCUCGAGCGAGCACCAGCAGGCCAACUACUACGCGGCCCAGGAGGCGCCCUACCACCACCAGCACCACGUGACCGCGGCCGCCAAGCUGCUCGCCUCCUCGUGAACGACCGCCGCCGCCGAUCGGCCGUGGCCUCCUCGCUCUCGCUGCCUAUCCCUGUCACUCGUCGGUCCACACCUUCACUCGCAUCGCUUCAGCGAUCACACGGACUUUUCAGAGCUUAUCAACAUUGCGCGAACGUUCAUUCCUCUUCAAUAUUACUAUCGUGUUUUUAUCAUUAUACAUCGCAUUAUAUCGAACGUCUAUGUACCUACCCGCAUUGGUUUCUCUUCUCGCGUAGAGCACUUUCAGACGCCUCUAUACUUUCACGUAGAAUAGUAUUGACAUUCGAUACUAAACCAUACCUCGAGUCAUGCUUUCUCGCCUUCGAUCUAAGAUCAUUCAUUCGCGUGCAGCUUACAUUCCGAAUCCUCAAUUUCCUCAACCUUCUCAACAUUGCCACGUCCCACCACUUUUAUCUUCAUCGGAUACUGCAAUAUAUCUCAUCGUUCUUAGCACACUCACCCUAUUAGUUCGAUAAUACGUGUAUUUACUCAUGUACUUUAUAAACCAAGUGUGUUAUUAGCUAAUUGUGACAGAAGCAGUCAUCAAUAAUUCUACAGUUUAAGUUAUUAUUGUAAAAAGUUUAUCUUUUAAUCCAUAGUUUUCUAAGUUUACACUGCAACCUUAUGUAUCAGAUAAAUCUUAUCGGCAGUUUUUUCUUCCAAAAUAACUAAGCAAAUCGCAUUUACAAGUUGAACAAAGUAUACCACGUUACUCUAAGCGUCAUUCAAGUUCACGUGUCAAUCAGUAAGGAAGUCGAUUUUUACGAUACUGCAUUUCCGUGGAUGAAAUCCGCUCUAGUUGAAUCUAAUUAAAGAAUAAAUUAUUAAGACUCAACUUUUUUUCGAAAUCUGUGAUUCAUGUACUCUGCGUCCAAAACCAGAAUUAUGUAUUACAAGAGCAAAAAUUAAAUUCC